AAUAAUUGAAAAUGAGUGAUUUCUUUGUAUAAAAUAGAAGUGAGAUUUCUUAGCAAAAUUAAAGUGGACAUGGAAGUUUUAAUGAAAAGUAUGUAAUUGUUGAUGAUUUUGAUUAGUUUGGGAGCAAGUUUUGGAAAAUUGCAUUAGGAUAAUCAAAGUUUUGGUCCAAAUGGAGGUGGAAGUUUUGCAUAGAAUUCAGGAUUUAUAGUAUAAACUGAAUAAUAUCGUUCUUCUGUUGGACUAGAGGAUAUUGCUGCCCCAAUAUAAAUAUAUGAAUAUUAAGAACCUUAAAUAUAAAAAGGAGUUUUCUUCAGGAGUAGUGGAGAUUUUGAGAUGCAAUUUGAAGAGAUAGGAUUAGAAAGAUUAAAUAUUUAACAUAAAAUCUAAGAGGACUCAAAAGAACAUAAGGCGCCUUCUUUAGAUAGUGGAAUGAAAAGCAGCUAAUAAUCAUCCCAUGAAUUUGAUAUUAAAAUUGGUAUAUAGUACUUAUAUAUUUCGAUUAGAAUCGGGUGAAUAGAUAAGUUCAAAAUUUAAACCUGAAGUAAAACAACUAAUUAACUCAAACAUCAUUUAAGAAAAUAAGAAUUUGUUUAAUGUGAAUCAAGCAAAGAGCAUAUAUACUAAUAAAAUUACACAAUUAGUUGAAUAGACCUAAAAAAAAGUAGAGUUUGCAACCAAAUCAUCUCCUAGAUUGUCGUAAAUAAGAAAUUUAUUCAAAUAGGAAGAGUCAACAAAAAAUUUAGAGAAAAUCUCCUCUAAUUUCUAGAGAACACUUUGAUGUUUCAUCUAAUGAAUUAUAGUCUAGUCAAAUGAGUCCUGAUGGUAACAUAGAUCCCGUAUAGUAAAAGUUAGCUAAGAAUAGAGAAUCUGCUAGAAAUUCAAGAGCAAGAAAGAAAAUUUAUUAUGAAUUAUUAGAAACUAAAGUAAAAGAACUUUAAGAUGAGUUAGAUAAAGUAAAAGAAUCCUAAAGAAAUUAAACUAAACAUACUGAAGUUUGUAAUAAAUUUUAAGAAAAAGUAUUUUUAAAUUUCUAAAUCUAGUUUUAAACUUUUUUAGAUUAAUAAUAAUAAUUAUUUGAUAAAUUAGAAACUUGUUUACUUAAAAAUAAGGAUAACUUUGAAAUUGAAAUGGUUUUAGAUGCUUUAAGAUAUAGAACUAAUUCAAAUAGUUAAGAACGUAAUGAUGCUGCAAGAUAAUAUUUUGACUCUAUGGUUGAAGUUUGUCUACCAAUUCAAACUAAAUAUCUUAUAUAUGCAUUAGAAAAAGAUAAAGACUUUUUUGCAUAAUAACCUAAGUAUUAAAGAUCUAAUAUUAGCGAUUAUACUGAUUGGAUGAAAGAUGUGUUUAAGAAAACUGAAAUCAAACCAGAAUAAAUUAUAAAAGUUAAAAAAAUGAAAUCUAAAUUAUAAAGUGUUAGGAAUACAAUAUCAGAGUAAAAUUAUAAUACUAUCAGACUAGUUCUAUACAGAAUAUUAAAGUUUAAUUAAAAAUUAUUUAAGGGGAGGCCAAUAAAGUAGAUUAAAUGUGGCAAUAACUAAAAGAAUGUUUAACUCCCAUUCAGUUAGGAGCAUGUCUUUUGACUAUGAAAUAGGUAAUUUAUAUUUAUACAUUCUUUCUUUAGAAUGCUUUUCGUUAAGAGCUUCAAACAUCUUCUAUAUUUAUUUAGUUAAAGAAUUCUUAAAUGGUAAAUUCAUUCAUAAUUUAAUUAGUCAGAAGAAGAUGACAUUUAUAUCAAAUCAGAAGAAUCAUCUGUUCCCAAAAAUAGGAAACUGGUCAAAAAAUCUAUGUAAGAAUGAGAAAAUAUUCAACUAAGUCUUUUAUUUUUAUAUUUUG